CUGGCGUCGGGGUGCCGGCCGAGCACAGCCGGAUCCUGGGGGAGCGCGAUCUGCCGCAUGUGAUGGAAGUGUCUACUCUCAGGGAAAGCUUAACCAUGGCUUCCCCACCGCCCCGGGAGAUGGAGGAGGAGCUGGUGCCCGCGGGCUCCGAGCCAGGUGACCCUCGGGCCAAACCCCCUGUGAAACCUAAACCCAGGGCUCUGCCUGCCAAGCCAGCCCUACCCGCCAAACCCAGCCUCCUGGUGCCUGUUGGGCCUCGUCCCCCCCGGGGGCCCCUGGCCGAGCUGCCUUCCGCCCGGAAGAUAAACAUGCUAGCAGGACCCCAACCCUAUGGGGGCAGCAAGCGUCCCCUGCCCUUCGCCUCGAAGCCUGCGACCAAGGCCUCUGCCGGAGGAGAAUCUGCUCAAGAGCCUGGCAAAGAAGAGGCUGGGAAAGAGGGCCUGCCCCCGCUGACACCCCCGGCUCGCUGUGCCGCCCCGGGGGGCGUGCGCAAGGCUCCGGCUCCCUUCCGCCCAGCGUCUGAGCGCUUUGCGGCCACCACGGUGGAAGAGAUCUUGGCCAAGAUGGAGCAGCCCCGAAAGGAGGUGCCCGCUAGCCCUGACCGCCUCUGGGGCUCCCGCCUCACCUUUAACCAUGACGGGAGCUCACGGUACGGCCUCAGGACCUAUGGUGCGGCCAACAGUCCCAGGGAAGAAGAUGGCAGGGCCCCGGCCAGGGAAUGGCCACAGGAGAGGCCAGCUAAGUCUCCAACAGAAUGCCUGGAACAGCACUCCAGGACCUCGGAGGAGAGGAGCUCCCCUUGUGACACUGUGGCCGUUAAUGGGGACCUGGCUAAGCCGGCCAGCUCUGAGCCACCUGCUAACGUCUCCAAGCCCUGGGACCCCUCAAGUCCAGGCCCUGCCACAGAGUCUGGAGGCCCUGCCAGCCUGGGCCUCUCUUCCCCGGCCUCUGCCCGGGAGGCUGCUCAGCCUCACUCCCCGUGCCACACUCAGCUGCUAGAAGGCCAGAGCCCUGUAGCUCCCCACUCUCCCCCCAGCAUCCCUGAAACUCCAGCUUCCCCACAGGCAGCCAUCCCUAAUGAGAGCCCCUGUCAUAGCCCUAGCCCAGGGCACCCUGCUGAGCCUGCCCCAGAGGCCCCAGCACCCAGCAGCCCUCCCCUUGGGAGCCCUAAGGCGCCCCUACCCGGCUCCCCCCAGCACCCCACCGAGGAGGGGCAUGGGCUUCUGGAUCCCACUCCGAUGUUCCCACGUGGAGAGGAGGCAAUGGCCAAGAGUGACCCUGAACCCCGCCCCAUUAGCCUUGUCCAACGCCGAUUCUCUGAAGGGGUACUCCAGCCACCUGGCGGCCAGGACCAGGAGAAGCUGGGGGGCUCACUGGCUGCACUGCCACAAGGCCAGGGGAGCCAGUCAGCUCUCGAUCGUCCGUUUGGGAGUGGGACAGAGUCCAACUGGAGCUUGUCGCAGUCCUUCGAAUGGACAUUCCCCAUGCGACCCUCGGGUCUAGGGGUGUGGCGGCUGGACUCCCCACCCCCCUCCCCCAUCACCGAAGCCAGUGAGGCCGCUGAGGCUGCAGAGGCUGGCACCUGGGCUGGGGCCAGCAGGGAGGAAGGGGUGACCCAGCAGGGGCAUGGGGCCGGGUCAGCUCCUGGGACUGCAGGAAGGCCUGCUUCUUGGGUUCAAGGGGAUGACCCAGGCAUUUCCCUGCCUCUGAAAGGCAAUGGGGAGAGUCAGUCUCAAUACCCAUUUGCUUCCUCGGAACCCCAACUUCCAAGCAGGGACUCCCCUGAACCAGCCUUGCUCCAGGCAGAGGAGCGUUAUCAGGAACGAGAGCCAAUGACCGGACAGGAGUGUCCCCUCCCGCUGGCCACCAGGGAGGCAGCCCUGCCUGUGCUGGAGCCAGUUCUAGGGCAGCAGCAGCCGGCACCCCCCCAUCAGCCCUGCGUCCUCUUUGCUGAUGGCCCUGACCCUGGGCAGGCGAUACCUGCCAAGGAGGAGACGGUGACCCUCGCCCGGGCCGAAACCACCCAGCCCAGGACAGAGGUGCCUGAUCCCUGUCGAGUGUCCCCGGAGCCCACUGGGCCUGAAGGCAGCUCUCGCUGGCUAGAUGACCUCCUGGCAUCACCACCGCCCAGUGCUGGCAGUGCGAGGCGGGGAGCUGGAGCUGAGCCGAAGGACGCCCCGUCAAGUACCAGCUCCGAGGGACUCCUUGGCUGGGCCCAGAAAGAUCUGCAGAGUGAGUUUGGGAUUACAGCCGACACACGUGCCACAGACCUCAAUAGCUCCAGCUGGUCCCAGGAUACUGCCCAGGAGUACAGCUUGGGGAGUGCAAACCCCAGAGGAAACCCAGGCCUUGGAGAGAAGAAUUGGAGCAGCGAGUAUGGGCAAGGAACAGGGGAAGGGCAUGCCAGGGAGUGGGCCAGCAGGUGUGUUGGCAUCAGCCCGGAGGAGAUGGAGGUCGGCGGCGGCCGAGAUGGGAGUGAGGUGUCUGCCCCGGGGGGCUUUGGGAAGCCAGCCUUGCUGAGCACAACGGCGCAGAGUCCCGAGGAGGGCGUUCCGCACUGGGAGUUCAGAAAGAGCGAUUCCCAGGGCACCUACUCCAGCCACGACGCUGAGCUCCAGGACCAGGAAUUCGAGAAGAGAGAUGGGCUGGGUGCCUACAGCCAUCGCGAUGUGAACCUUCAGGACUGGGAGUUUGGGAAGAGGGAUUCUUUGGGCCCUUAUGGCAGCCAGGAGGCAGGCAAGCAGGAAGGAGGGAGGAAGGACCCCCUGGGCAGCUACAGCAGACAGGAUGCUGAGGAGCAGGAUCGUGAAUUCCAGAAGAGGGAUUCCUUGCCUGGCACCUAUAGCAGCCGGGCAGCUGCGCAGCAUGACAGGGAGUUUGGGACAAGUGCUUGGCUGAGCGACUACAGCAGUGAGAGCGGCUCCAGGGCCCCGAGUGCCCAGGACAGAGGCUUUGCACUGAGAACCCUGAGCUCCGGAUUCAGUCCCGAAGAAGCCCAGCAGCAGGAUGAAGAGUUUGAGAAGAAGCUGCCGGGUGGUGAGGCUGGCAGGGAUACAGGCCGGCCAGAAGAGAGCAAGUCGGGAGGUCUGUUCAACCCCAUCACCCCUCAGCGGCAGGAUGGGGGGACACUGACACAGGGAGACCAGAGCGGCUGGCAAGGCAGUGACAGCAGCCAGGAGGUUGGAAGGCUGCAAGGGAGACUACAGGCAGGUGGCCAGGGCCCUGGUGAUGCUGACCUGACUGCCGGUGGCGGCGAGGUAGGGAAGCGAGGCUGGGCCGGUGAGGCCCCCGAGAUGGAGUCAGGGUUUAGCCCUGGGCAGCGAAACUGGGACAGGGACUUUUGCGCUGAGGCCGCCGGGAGAGGUGAUCAGUUUGGUAUCAUUGGCAACGACAGGGCGAGUGGUGCUGGCCAGAGCCCUGCCAGCCAAAUGGAAGGGGGUCACCCUGUGUCUCCUGGGAAGACCACAGCCGGGCCCGUGGACUGGACUGACCAGCUGGGUCUCAGGAAUUUGGAAGUAUCCAGCUGUGUGGGUCCUGGGGACUUGAGUGAGACUCAAGAGGAUGCUGUGGGACAGAUGGGCUGGUCAGACACCCUGCCCUUGAGAGAUGUGGGCCUGGCCGGCGCUUUGGAGACUGGAGGGCCUGAAGAGCCCAGAGGCCUUAGAACUGGGGAGAAGGACUGGACCUCUGACGUAGGGGUGAGGAGCAGAGAUGUGGCUGGGGCAGGGGAGCUGGGAGGCCACAGCCAAACCAGAGAGAGUGGUGUAGGUCAAACUGACUGGUCGGGUACGGAUGCCGGAGAGUUCUUGAAAUCCCGGGAGAGCGGAGUGGGACAGGCCGACUGGACAGCUGACUUCGGACUGAGAAACAUGGCCCCAGGGGCAGGCUGCAGCCCUGCAGAGCCCAGGGAGCGCGGCGUGGGCCAGAUGGACUGGGGCAAUGACCUGGGCCUGAGGAAUCUGCAGGUGCCCUGUGAGCUGGAAGCCAGGGGCUCUCGGGGCUGCGCAGUGGGGCAGAUGGACUGGGCCCAGGACUUAGGGCUCCAGGAUGUGCAGCUCUCUGGGCCCCUGAGUGAAGCCAGGGAGCGUGGGGUGGGAGAUGUGGGCCCAGGCCUGGAACUGGGCCUUGGGAAUAAUGGUGGCUUGUCCCCUGGCCCUGAAGCCAGUGAGGCCGGCGAGGCCUUGGAGAUCCGGGAGCUGGGGGUCGGUGAGACAAGUGGGUCUGAGAGCCAGCAGGAAGACAGCACCUCACCUUCCCUGGAGACCCACCUGGAAGAUCCCAGGAUGGAGACGGGAGAUGCCUCCAGCUCUGGAGCCAGCCCCAGUGGGUUUCUGGCCCGCUCCCCACCAUCUGGCUCCCAGGACCUGCCGGAGGAGGGCCUGCUGGCAUCCAGCAGCUCCCCUAGAGAACCAGUCAUUCCGGGCCUUGGGAGUCUCUCAGAGGAUGAAGAAGCAACAGCAGGUGUUGACCAAGGGGAGCCUCUGCCCUCCUGCAGACCCCAGCCAGAUGGUGAAGCCAGCCGGGCAGAAGAGGUGGAUGGUACCUGGAGCCCGUCAGGGGCUGGGCAGGGCGAGCAGGGGCCAAGCCUGAGCCCUUGGCGCCCUCCCCAAAGACCUCCGCCCAGCACCCCCAGUCAGGACUUCUCCUUCAUUGAGGAUACCGAGGUCCUUGACAGUGCCAUGUUUCGGAGCCGUGCCAACCUGGGGCGCAAGCGUGGCCACCGGGCCCCGGCCAUCCGGCCUGGAGGUACCUUGGGCCUGUCGGAGGCGGCAGAGUCGGACGCACGCCUCUUCCAGGACUCUACAGAACCGCGAGCUGUUCGGGUGCCAUCCUCAGACGAGGAGGUUGUGGAAGAGCCUCAGAGCCGCCGGACACGCAUGUCCUUGGGCACCAAGGGGCUGAAAGUCAACCUCUUUCCUGGCCUGAGCCCAUCAGCCCUGAAGGCCAAGCUGCGGUCUCGGAACCGCUCAGCGGAGGAGGGGGAGCCGGUGGAGAGCAAGUCCAGCCAGAAGGAGUCUGCGGUACAACGUUCCAAGUCCUGCAAGGUCCCGGGGCUGGGGAAGCCCCUCACGUUACCUCCCAAGCCAGAGAAAUCCUCAGGGUCGGAAGGAUCCUCGCCCAACUGGCUGCAAGCUCUGAAGCUGAAGAAGAAGAAGGUCUGAGGCGGCACCAAGGCCCUUACCAUCUGGCAGUCUCAGGCAGUGCCCACUCCUGUGGGGUCCCUGGGCGAGGAGGAGAUGGCUGGAGCCCCACCAUGCCCCAGGCUGCAGCCUCUGUCCCCCUCCACCUCUGCAGAGCGUCUGGGGAGGCACAUUUAUGCACUUUGUAUCACCUGCCCAACUUUUCCUCUGCCCCACCCCUGCCCUGCCCUCCCCCUUCCCGCUGGAUUCUGUCACUAGUGGUCGAAGGUUUUGGUCCUUUCCUGCUGUCUUCCCUCUCCCCACCGCGCCCCUCGCUUCUUCCUCCAGCCUCCCUUGGGUUUUCUUUUGAUAUCAAUUUAUAGCAUUUUUUAUAUAAAAAAAAAUCUGAUUUUUUUGUAAUGGGUGGAACACUGCCCCCAGCCCCACCCCCAGGUCCCCCUCACCCUGCCAGGUGCCUCAGCAGACACCGAUGACAUUUUGCCACUUGAAAACAAUAAAGUUUU